AAUAAGGUCACACCCAAAUCGUCAAAUUGCAAGUUAUCUUAGUGUUUAUAAAUAUGGAUAGUAAUGAUUUAGGAACAACAGAUGCGAAUUCUGCACAGCAGUCGCUUGCUUUGCGUCGGGAAUUGCGCAGAAAGAAAAUAUUGGAGUCGUCCAAGGCACGACUGGACAAAUUGAAUAGCAGAUCAACGUCGGCGUUUCAGAAUGAAAACCUCGAUGGUGAACCCUCGAAUACGCAAUAUUCCGAUCCGGAGGUGGAGCCGGAUAUUCCAAUAAGGCGUUCGUUUCUGCCAGAACAACCUGCUCCCCGAAGAACCACGUCACGAAAUGCAUUUCUUAAGAGCAGAGUUCACAUUAUUUUGGCGGCUUGCUUUGGAUUUCUUUUGGCUCUUUACACGAACAGCAGUGUUUUCAUUCCCGUUCUGCUUUUCGUGAUUGCGGAGCUGGCAUUUCUGCAGAAUUUCAAAGAAGACCAUUUACCGGCCAGCAUGGGACCCUUGUUACUUAUGUUCAUCAAUCCGAAUAUUACCAGCAAAAUUAAGCAGUUUAGCAGUAUAUUUUUUAUUCUUCAGUCAUUGUUGGGCGAUCUUGCGAUAACCGUUUGUGUUGUUUGUUCAGGAAGCAUGCUCUUACUAAAUUUUAGACCCGACUAUGCUACAAUUGUUAAAUAAAAAUCAUGUUAUAUGCAAGAAACACUAUCAAAA